GAAUCGGCCAGCGAGGCCGUCGCUUGACUGCCUGACUUCCGAGCUCCUCUUUGCGCUUUUCUCCUUUGAACCUUCCAGAACGCGCAAGGAAGAUCAAGCAGCGCGCGACGACGCGACAAAUUCCCCCCCCCCCUCCCCCCUGCCGGCUGCGGACGAACGAACGAACGAGCGAGCGAGCGAAGCGAGGAAUUAAGAUGUUCAUCCAGAAGGCAUGGAGGACGGCGGCGUUUGGGGUCUACGGCUUCACGCAGUUCACCAAAUCCGGCUUCGUGGAACAUGCCAAGAAAUUCAGAGAGGAGGAUAUGCAGAUCCGGCUGGAUGGGAAAAAUUGCCUAGUAACUGGGGCUAAUUCCGGCAUAGGUUUUGCUACAGCCGAGGGCUUGGCAUCACGUGGUGCCACUGUUUAUAUGCUUUGCCGUAACAAGGAAAGAGGAGAGACUGCUCUCAGUCAAAUACGAUCUAAAACUGGCAACAUGAAUGUUCAUCUGGAGAUUUGUGACCUUUCAUCUAUCAGUGAAGUCAAAUCAUUUGCAACAAAAUUCUCUUCAACAGAUAAACCACUUCAUGUCCUGGUUAACAAUGCUGGUUUACUAGAGCACAAGCGUGUGACUACGCCAGAAGGGUUGGAGCUCAAUUUCGCUGUGAAUGUAGCAGCAACAUACACUUUAACAGAGCUAGUAAUGCCACUGUUGGAGAAAGCAGCACCUGAUGCUCGUGUCAUUACAGUUUCUUCAGGAGGUAUGUACACCGAGCCAUUGAACAAGGAUUUGCAGUUCGGUGAAAACAACUUCGAUGGAACACAGCAAUAUGCCCGUAACAAAAGAGUUCAGGUUGCACUCACCGAACGGUGGUCUGAAAAAUGCAGCAACAAGGGGGUAGGUUUCUAUUCGAUGCAUCCAGGAUGGGCUGACACACCUGGAGUCUCCAAGAGCCUGCCUGGGCUUUCAGAGAAGUUAUCAGGAAACCUGAGAUCAAACGAUGAAGGUGCUGAUACAGUGAUCUGGUUAGCUUUGCAACCCAAAGAGAAGCUAACCUCAGGGUCUUUCUACUUUGACCGAGCUGAAGCACCGAAACAUCUGAAGUUUGCUGGGACUGCAGCUUCGCACGGGCAGAUAGGCUCGAUUGUUGAUAGCCUUCGCUCCAUUUGUGGCAUUUAGGGAAAAAAUAUUUGCUGGGACUGCAGCUUCCCACGUUCAGAUAGGCUCGAUUCUAGUUUCUGGAUAGCCUUGGCUCCAUUUAAAUUUGACAAAAAAAAUGAAUUUGCACCAGCCGGGAAUCGAACCCGGGUCUGUACCGUGGCAGGGUACUAUUCUACCACUAGACCACUGGUGCGUUGUUUAGAGGUGGUGACUCUUAUUUGUAAUCGUUGUUUGGUUUUACAACUAUCAUAGCUUUAAGUAAGGAACGUGGAUAUUUGUAUUUUGUAAUGGAAUUUUUUUCCUAUAUGACAUGAAAAAAGGGAGCAGAUUUUUUUUUA